CCCCUUCCCCUUCCCCUUCCCCUUCCCCUUCUUCUCACUGAGACUGAGCUUCCCUCUCCUCUCUCCACUUAAAAACAAACUCUGCAAAUUUUUGCAGAAAUCAAGAUCAGCGACCGAGAAAUCCAACUCCAAAAUUCAAAAAUGCGUCUCCUCCUCCUCCUCUGUCUCCUCCAACUCCACAUUCACCAUUCCUUCUCCGCUCGAGUUCCCGAAUACCAAGCCCUUCUCAACCUCAGAACCUCCAUUACCGCCGACCCCAAAUCCUCCCUCUCCUCCUGGAACGCCUCCACCGCCCACUGUUCUUGGUUUGGGGUUACUUGCGAUUUUCGCCGCCACGUCACUGCCCUCGACCUCUCCGGCCUCAGCCUCGCCGGUUCUCUUUCCCCUGAUGUUGCCCACCUUCGCUUCCUCGCUAAUCUCUCCCUCGCUCUCAACGACUUCUCCGGUCCUAUCCCGCCGGAGAUUUCUUCAAUCUCUACUCUCCGCUACCUCAAUCUGUCGAAUAAUGUGUUCGAUGGGUCCUUCCCUUCGCGGCUUUCGCAGCUACAGAAUCUGCAGGUUCUUGACUUGUAUAACAACAAUAUGACCGGGGAUUUCCCCAUUGUGGUCACCGAAAUGUUGAGCCUCCGCCAUUUGCACCUUGGGGGGAAUUUCUUCGCCGGCCGGAUCCCGCCCGAGGUCGGUCGGAUGGAGGCCUUGGAGUACUUGGCGGUUUCUGGUAACGAACUUAGUGGCCCAAUACCGCCUGAGAUCGGAAACUUGACGAACCUUCGGGAGCUCUACAUUGGCUACUUCAACGCCUACGACGGCGGUAUUCCGGCUGAGAUUGGGAACUUGUCGGAGUUGGUUCGGUUGGACGCUGCCAACUGUGGACUGUCUGGCCGGAUUCCUCCGAAGCUCGGAAAGCUGCAAAACCUGGAUACGCUGUUUCUUCAAGUCAAUGCGCUAUCUGGGCCAUUGACGCCGGAGAUUGGAGGCUUGAGAAGCUUGAAAUCUUUGGAUUUGUCGAACAAUGUGCUUGUGGGCGAGAUUCCUGAUUCAUUCGCCGAGCUCAAGAACUUGACGCUGUUGAAUCUGUUUAGAAACAAGCUCCACGGGGCGAUUCCCUCAUUUAUUGGCGACUUGCCAAAACUGGAGGUGUUGCAGUUAUGGGAGAAUAAUUUCACGGAAUCGAUUCCACAGAACCUGGGCAAAAACGGAAUGCUUCAGAUUUUGGAUCUUUCUUCGAACAAGCUCACCGGAACUCUUCCUCCGGAUAUGUGCUACGGUAAUCGGCUUCAGACUUUAAUCGCAUUGAGCAAUUUCUUGUUUGGUCCAAUCCCAGAAUCGCUAGGCAAAUGCGUUUCGCUUAAUCGCAUUCGUAUGGGGGAGAAUUUUCUCAAUGGAUCCAUUCCAAAGGGCCUUCUGAGUCUGCCGAAGCUCUCUCAGGUCGAAUUACAGGACAAUUUCCUCUCCGGAGAGUUCCCAAUAACCGACUCUAUCUCAGUAAAUCUCGGCCAAAUCAGUCUCUCCAACAACCGCCUCUCCGGGUCGAUUCCGCCGACAAUCGGCAACUUCUCCGGCGUCCAGAAACUACUCCUCGACGGAAACAAAUUCUCCGGUCAAAUCCCACCCGAAAUUGGGAGGUUACAGCAGCUUUCGAAGAUCGAUUUCAGCAACAACAAGCUGUCGGGUUCAAUCGCACCGGAGAUUAGCCAAUGCAAGCUUCUGACCUUCGUCGAUCUCAGCCGAAACGAGCUCUCAGGAGACAUCCCAAACGAAAUCACCAGUAUGAGGAUAUUGAAUUACCUUAACCUCUCAAAAAACCACUUAAUCGGCGGAAUCCCUGCUUCCAUAGCCAGUAUGCAGAGUUUAACCUCUGUGGAUUUCUCAUACAACAACCUCUCUGGCUUAGUCCCAGGAAGUGGGCAAUUCAGCUACUUCAAUUACACAUCGUUUUUGGGCAAUCCAGACCUGUGCGGCCCAUAUUUAGGACCUUGCAAAGAUGGGGUUUCCAAUAGCAAUUACCAACAACAUGUAAAGGGCCCCCUCUCUGCUUCCCUUAAACUCCUCCUUGUUAUUGGUCUGCUCCUCUGCUCUAUAGCAUUUGCCGUUGCCGCCAUUAUUAAAGCUCGAUCGCUAAAGCGAGCCAGCGAGUCCCGGGCUUGGAAAUUAACAUCUUUCCAGCGCCUAGAUUUUACAGUAGACGAUGUUCUCGAUUGCUUGAAGGAGGAUAACAUUAUUGGAAAAGGAGGCGCUGGAAUUGUCUACAAAGGGGCGAUGCCAAGCGGCGACCAGGUCGCCGUGAAAAGGCUGCCCGCGAUGAGCCGUGGGUCGUCCCACGACCAUGGAUUCAACGCUGAGAUUCAAACUCUUGGCAGGAUUCGGCACCGGCACAUCGUGAGGUUACUGGGUUUUUGUUCAAACCAUGAGACCAAUCUUCUGAUAUACGAGUAUAUGCCUAAUGGGAGCUUGGGGGAAGUUCUUCAUGGCAAAAAGGGAGGUCACUUGCAGUGGGAUACAAGAUAUAAGAUAGCAAUUGAAGCAGCUAAAGGGCUUUGUUAUCUUCACCAUGAUUGCUCUCCACUGAUUGUUCAUCGAGAUGUGAAAUCAAAUAAUAUCCUUCUAGACACUAAUUUUGAAGCUCAUGUUGCUGAUUUUGGCCUGGCCAAGUUCUUGCAGGAUUCCGGCACAUCUGAGUGCAUGUCUGCCAUCGCUGGUUCUUAUGGAUAUAUUGCCCCAGAAUACGCCUACACGCUCAAGGUUGAUGAGAAGAGCGACGUGUAUAGCUUCGGGGUUGUCCUCUUGGAGCUUGUUAGCGGAAGGAAGCCCGUUGGGGAAUUCGGAGACGGUGUCGACAUAGUUCAAUGGGUUAGAAAAAUGACAGACUCAAACAAGGAAGAGGUAGUGAAAAUCCUCGACCCAAGGCUCUCCUCCGUCCCUCUUCACGAAGUGAUGCAUGUCUUCUACGUCGCUAUGCUGUGCGUCGAAGAACAGGCGGUGGAGCGCCCGACAAUGCGGGAAGUAAUCCAAAUCCUAUCGGAGAUUCCGCAGCCACCGUGUUCAAAACAGGGAGACCCAACACUCACCAACUCACCCCCGCCACCAGCAGCAGCAGCCGCCGUAUUAGAGCCUCCAACAACAGGAACCAAGAACACAAAAGACCAGCAGCAGCAGCCACCACCGGAUCUCCUUAGCAUCUGAACAACAACUUAGUUGGGGUUGGUAGUGUCUAUCAUUAAAAAGGAAAAAGAUUCCAAACAAGUAAGCUUGGGCUCUUGUACCUGCGAUGUCGUUUCUUUUCUUUGGGUGGGAUUAGGUUUAGUUUUUUUCUUUAAUGUUAUGGUCGUAAUGUUCAAAGGUUUCUUUUUUGUUUUAAUUUCAUGUACAGUUGACCAGUUGGGAAUAUUGGGGGGUAUUUUCCUGUGAGAUUGUUUUCUUUUUUUUAAAAAAAAAAAUGUUGAAGCUUUUGCACCA